AUGGCGUUGUCGCGACAUCACGCGGCUCUUACGAGACCACGAUCAGUGGAGGAAAUUGUGAAGGAGGCCCAGGACUUCGAAUUCAAUACAAACAGGUCCCUGCAACAAUGGCUUCGAGCUUCGAAAAUGCUAUUGACCGAAGCAGCGAUUUGCGAACAAGAAGGCAGUCUUGCUAUGGCCUACCUCUAUCUUUAUCGCCACGCCGAGCUCGUGCUUAGCAGGCUGCCGCAACACCCAGAGUAUAGGGACCCAAAAUUCAAAGAAGACCUUUCUCAAGCUCGCAAGACACUUCAAAGAAAUAUCGUAAAGCUGGAACAAUGGAAGCCUCGCAUUAACCAGGAGCAUGAUCGAUAUACGAAAGCCAUGGAGAGAAAAUUGGCAGAGAGGCAGCGAGUGCAGAACGAAUUCGAUCAAGCUGCCCGGGACCGAGCUUCGUAUACUUCCUCUCGCCGGAGUUCAGCUGCUAGUAUCAGCGCCGAGCAUUACAUGCAAGCUUUGAAGGCCAAUGAGAAUCGAGAAUUUGCCGUCAACCUGGCACAGCGAGAGAUUAGGCGUCGUGAUGCGUCCAGGCAAUCGACAACGCAAGCUGGAAUUUCUCCCGCAACAGUAGCCGAGCGCAGGAAAGGACUCGUCGCGCAGGAAGAUUCCUAUUUUGACGAUCGAAAAGAGUUCAACGACGGCUCUCUAUACGACUACUCCGCCUCAGAACUCGACACCCCUCCCCCACGCCCGCCAAAAUCCAACGCAUACUCAACCCCAGCUUCAGCAAGUCCCUCCCCACCACCACCAGGAGACCAAGCCACUCCAUCAAAAUACACCUUCAAACCCACAGCCUACACAGAAUCCGGCUCUCCCCUCCGCACCGUCCUCCUACCCCCGGACCUCCGCCAAAAAUUCCUCAACCUAGCCCACCCCAACACAUCCCGCAACCUCGAAACCUGCGGAAUCCUAGCCGCAACCUCCAUCUCCGGCGCCCUCUUCAUCACCCACCUCAUCCUCCCAGACCAAACCUCCACAUCCGAUACCUGCGACACAACCGACAUCGGCGACAACGCUCUCUUCGACUACUGCUCAGCCCAAAACUUGCUGGUAUGCGGAUGGAUUCAUACCCACCCUAGUCAAUCCUGUUUCCUCUCAUCUCGAGAUUUACAUACGAGCUCGGGAUAUCAAGUCAUGUUACCCGAAGCAAUCGCGAUCGUAUGUGCCCCGAGAUUCGUGCCUGAUUGGGGAAUUUUUCGCUUGACGGAUCCCCCCGGAUUACCUUACGUUUUGGAGUGUAGGAGGCCGGGGAUUUUCCAUGCGCAUGAGGAAGCGAAUUUGUAUACGGAUGCGUUGGGGGGUUUGGGACAUGUGGUCGAGGGGCCCGGGUUGGGGUUUGAGGUUGUGGAUUUGAGGAAGUAG